ACAUUUGUCCUCCUUCCCCCUUCAUCCACGUGUGGUUCCUCCAAACCCUCCACCCCACUCUUCACUCUAUUUGAUUUGAACGAACAUCCCCAUCACUUCACUCUCUACAUUUUUCUUCAUCUGUAAAUCACCAUUUUUGUUAGACGUAGUAGCUAUGGUAAAAUCUAUAAGCUUUCUUCUUGAAUUCGCAAAAGAUUACGAUGAUGGAACACCACGAGUUCGCCCCAUCUUUGAUUGGUUCAAUGCGAUGAUGGAGGUCUCCGAUUAUGAGAAACAAGCCAUCUUUUAUUCUCUCUCUGCCGCCUAUGCCUUAGUCUCAUUUGUUGCACUGGUACAACUCAUCCGCAUCCAAUUGCGCCUUUCAGGAAUUGGUUGGACAACACAAAAGGUUUUUCACUUGAUGAAUUUUGUUGUCUGUGGAUUGAGAGCAAUAUUAUUUGGGUUCUACAGCAGCGUGUUCAAUCUUAGAUCAAAAGCACUUGAGAUGAUGCUUCUGGAUCUCCCCGGUCUUCUAUUCUUCUCCACAUACACACUAUUAGUUCUGUUUUGGGCUGAAAUAUUCCAUCAGGCAAGAAACCUUCCAAUCGAUAAACUUCGACCUGCAUAUUAUGCAGUUAAUGCAGUCGUAUAUUUUAUACAGAUAUGCAUAUGGAUCUUCAUCGGUGUUGGCCCAGCUUCGGCUGCUGUUGAAACUGCUAAACUUUUUUUCGCAGUUAUUUCAUUUACUGCUGCUCUGGGAUUUGUUAUGUAUGGUGGAAGGUUGUUCGCUAUGCUUCGGCGCUUCCCUAUUGAAUCUAGAGGCCGUCAAAAGAAGCUUCAUGAGGUUGGUUUCGUGACUGGUAUUUGCUGCAUUUGUUUCAUGAUCAGAUGUGUUAUGGUUGCUGUUUCUGCUUUUAACGGGAACGCUGAUGUUGAUGUCAUUGACCAUCCAGUUCUCAUUCUCUUCUAUUACGUGGUGGUGGAGAUCUUGCCUUCUGUUUUGGUGCUUUUUAUUCUGCGCAAAUUACCUCCAAAACGUGUAUCAGAGCAAUAUCAUCCUAUCCAAUAACUCAUAGAAGAGCAUCCCUGAUUUUAGUACUUCACCGUUUUUGUUCAAAGAAGCCCUUGUCAUGCCAGCCAAGUUUUUAGUUCUUAUAAUAUCAUUUUUGCUUUUAUUGUUUUGGCGCUUGUCUCGAGUGACGUGGAGGAGUUAUAGUUUGAUUUCAGUACAGCUCUGUAGAAGUCUUGAAUUAUAAAUUAUUCAAAGUGCAUGUGACUUGUAAUCAUUUGGAUAGAAUUAGAUGUUCGAAGUUUAAAGGCCUUGGGUUAUAUUGUG